AUGAAGGGAAAACACAAAGGUGUUCAGAGAAGAUUACUUGAAGUGAAUCCGACAGCAUUUUAUACACCAUGUGGUUGUCAUAGCCUAAAUCUUACACUUUGUGACAUGGCUAGUUGUUGUACCAAAGCAGAAUCUUUUUUUGGAGUUGUGCAGCGUAUUUAUACUUUGUUUGCGUCUUCUACAAAGCGGUGGGAUAUUUUGAAACGUCAUGUACAGGAACUUACACUUAAGCCAUUGUCUCAAACUCGCUGGGAAAGUCGUGUUGAAAGUCUCAGAGCUAUUAGAUAUCAAGCGCCAAAAAUAAGAGAUGCAUUACUAGACUUGGCAAAUAGUAGAGAAGAUGCCAAAACAAAGAGUGAAGCUAAUUCUUUGGUUUCUCACGAACUUGAGAAUUUUGAAUUCUUGUUUGGCAUGAUUAUCUGGCAUAAUGUGUUGUUCGCUAUAAAUGUUUUUAGCAAAAUCCUUCAAGCUGAAUAUAUGGAUAUUGAUGUUGCUAUCAAACAACUUAAGGGGCUCAUUUCUUUUUUUGAGAAGUAUAGAGAAACUGGGUUUUUAGAGGCUAAGGCAGAAGCUGAGGAAAUUGCAAAUACAAUGGGAAUUGAUCCCGUGUUUUCUGAAAAGCGCAUCAUUCAUAGAAGAAAACAUUUUGAUGAGAGCUCUACUGAAGACGUGGUACAAUCGGCUGAAGAAUGCUUUCGAGUGAAGUACUUUCUUUAUGUGGUGGAUCAAGCUCUUUUAUCGCUUAGUACCAGAUUUGAACAACUUCAGAAAUAUGAUGAGAAGUUUGGUUUUUUGUUUGAUUUCAAGAGGCUAAAAUCAAUUGAUGAUGAGACAUUAAAUACUUACUGUGUCAAACUUGAAGAAUAUCUAACACAUGACACUUGCAAUAUUGACGGGAUUGAUUUAUCGAUGGAGUUGAAAGUUUUGAGAUAUGUUUUACCAGAAGAAAUGAAAAGGCCAAUUGAAGUCUUGAACUAUUUACAGGUUAUAGACGGUGGUUUUCCAAAUACAUGGAUUACUUAUCGGAUAUUGUUAACAAUUCCAGUUACGGUUGCAUCUGCUGAGAGGACAUUUUCAAAGUUGAAGUUGAUUAAGUCUUACCUUCGAUCAACCAUGUCACAGAAGAGACUAAAUGGACUAGCUAUGUUGUCUAUUGAGAAGGAUAUCGUGAGGAAGAUCGAUUAUUCGAGUGUUAUUAAUGAUUUUGCUUCAAAAAAAUGCUAG